GGUGGAGUCGUUGACCCUUCACCUAUUUGUAGGCCUACAUAAUCCAAACCUGCAUCCACCUGAGGUUCAAUUAGACUAAACAUGAACUCGAGCAACUAAAAUUAUUAAACGUGUUGGUGAUUAAAGGCGGGUUAGGCUACAUCUAGUUUUGCACUCUGGUCUAGCACAAAAUCUAGAAACCAGUCUAGACCAGUCAGCUGGAUUUUUUUUUACAGCAAUCUAUCGACAAACCGAACCAAACCAGGACACGCCCCAAACAUUAGCUAAUAUUAUUUUGAAGGGAUAGAAUGUUAACUACUGAGACGUUUGUCAAUGUCACCUUCGUUAUAAAAUUAUGAACUUUUAAUGCAACGAAUCAGUGAAGAUGCAGACAACUGAACUGAACUAAGCGUUUUCCCCAAGUAGCCUAGCCUGCAACAGAAAAUAUUUAGCCAACUAUUGCGAGCUGGCAUUUCCACACUUCAGACAAACCAACAAAGCAUGUCAGGUGGCUUACGAAGACGAUGCUCCAGUUGGUGCAAAAAAGGAUGGCUGAAAAAAAAUUCAAGGGAGCCCCAUUUGGGACACAGGCCGCCAGGUUUGAUGUUUCAGCUGUCCAUCCUGCAAACAAGAGGGUGGGGACUUACACAGAGAUACCCUACUGCAAAAAAAUGACAAGUGAAUCGGAGAGAAACCUUGGGCCAGGCACAUACAAUCCAGACAUCAGUGACUUUGGUCCGAGAGCAAUUCAAGAGCGGACUAAGGGCCCUGGUUGGAGGAGGGCACUAGAGAUGGCCCGCCAGGCGCAGAUGCCUGGACUCCUGUACAGGGAAGCGUGGGAUAACAAACAUCUCCUGAAAGCCAAAGUUGGUCCUGGUACCUACAAGACCACAGACUUCAUUGAAGAACUGAACAAGAAACCAGGCAGCAUCAGAGGUGUCUGUGAUUCCAGGGAGGAGAGAUUUCCAGAAACACGGUGCUGGACUCCUGGCCCUGGGACGUAUGCCAUAGGGGCAAAAGCGGAGAAGAGAGUCAAGUCAGCUGGGACCAGGCCCUCCAUAGUCUUUGGCUCAGGGGUAGAGCGCUUCACAGAGGGGGAAGUGGAGGUUGGACUGAGCCCAGGCACGUACGACAUGAAGGGCUCUAUUGACCUGGUGUUGAACAGCAGCACUGGCAAACGAGGCCCUUAUGACCUCUUCACUGGACCAAGAAACAAACCAAUCUGCUCUGGCUACUUUGCUGCUCCGAAAAUAGUCAAUCUGAACCCAGGGCAGUACACCAAGGAGAUGCCAAGGUUCGGAGAGGACCUGGAGAAGCCAGCGAAGCGAAAGCACGGCGUGUUUGGCACUCUGGAGCAGUAUCCUGCCGUGCCCACUGACAGGAUCUUCCACAGCACCCAGUCCCAUUGCAAGAGGUCUGCAACGAGUCCGGGCCCAGGGUGGUACGAGGUGACCCCAGUAAGUCGCCCAGGGAGUCGUUCUGCCCCGCCCUUCCUCUCCUCUGCUCCGCGGGUCAGCAAGAGAGCAGAGAGACUGCAGAUGGGUGGCCAACAUAGCGUCAUUGGGCCAGGCAACUACAACAUCCUGGACAUGAACCGGAACAACAUCAGGGGUCACCAGUGUGUCUUCAUCUCUGAAACACAGAGAUAUCUGCACUGCCCCAACAGGGACAAAUACAUACAGGAAAGACUGAGACCUGUCAAUGCCAGGAUGGCAAGAAGAGCUUUCACAGCUACCACAUGAAGCACAUCUGCAAGGCUCUGUGAAGCCUGGCAGGAUUGAGUGCCCUGGACAAAAGACAACAAGAAAUCUGCAUGACUAUUUUGGAAUUACAUAUUUUGCACAGGA